AUGGCAGCUCUAACGGCUACACCGAUGGUCAUACUUGAAGAAGCAAAGAAACAGUUCCAAGGAGAUGGAAAAUUGAAUGUUCAACUUCUUGAUCAGGUUGUGACAAUGAUGAACCGAGCUACUGGUGAAGAACAAAAAUUGGCAAAUAUGAUUCUCGUGGAAUUGAAAGAAAACCCAAAUUCAUGGACCAAGGUGGACGCCAUUUUGGAAUACUCGGACCUCGCGGAGUCGAAAUAUUUUGCGCUGCAAAUACUUGAAUCUGUUAUUCAAACAAAAUGGAAGUCAUUGCCACUUGUACAACGCGAUGGUAUAAAAGGUUUCAUAGUGCAGUUCAUUCUGAAGCUUAGCGAAUCUCGCAUCGAAUCGGAAAAGAACUCACUUUUGCUACAUAAGCUGAAUCUCGUUCUGGUUCAGAUUGUCAAGCAAGACUGGCCGAAGAACUGGCCUUCUUUCAUCACAGACAUUGUUGAGUCAUCAAAGACGAACGAUAACAUUUGUGUGAAUAAUAUGAACAUCCUGAGUCUCUUAAGUGAGGAGGUUUUCGAUUUUGGUAGUCAAAACCUCACGCAAGCGAAAGAGCAGCACUUGAAGCAACAGUUUUGUGGCCAAUUUCAGGAAGUUUUCACCUUGUGUAUAACUAUACUUGAGAAAUGCCCGGCCAACUCCAUUGUCGAGGCGACGUUGAAAACUUUACACCGAUUUCUUUCAUGGAUUCCUGUUGGCUAUGUUUUUGAGACGGACAUCACACAGCUUUUGAGUGAAAAUUUCCUCUCUUUGGAAGUUUAUCGCGUUGUGACACUGCAAUGCUUAACAGAAAUUUCAAUGAUACAAAUCGAAGCUGAAGAUAAUGCCUAUAAAGAGAAACUGUGCGCUAUGUUCUGCGCCACCAUAAAGGAGAUUGGCAGUCUAUUGGGUGAGGGUGCAGACCUUGCUGCAGCAUAUCAGAAAGGAUCUGACCAGGACCAGAAAUUUAUUUCCUGUCUGGCACAAUUCCUUGUAGCCUUCCUCAAAGACCACUCCGCGCUAGUUGAGAACUACAACGAAGCAUGCCCACAAGUUACCGAAUAUCACAAGUAUGCCAUAGAAUUACUGCUAUCGAUAAGCCAGGUGGAAGACGUUGAAAUCUUUAAGGUAUGUCUUGACUAUUGGUGUGCUCUGACAUCUGAACUCUAUCGUCUGAAUCCAUUUGCGCCACCAUCUCCUCCCAUCGCUAUAUCAUUUACCUGCGGGGGUCCAACUGGCGGUAAAGAACAUCCGAGGCGAAAGUUGUAUAAGGAGCAUUUGUCUCAUUUGCGUACCAUCAUGAUUUCCCGAAUGGCAAAGCCAGAAGAGGUGCUAGUAGUGGAGAACGAUCAAGGAGAAGUUGUACGUGAAAUUGUCAAGGACACGGAUUCCAUCACGCUUUAUAAGAACAUGCGUGAAUGUCUUGUCUACCUCACGCAUUUGGACUGCAAAGAUACUGAGCAGAAAAUGACGGAUAAGCUUGCCAGUCAGGUGAACGGAUCGGAAUUCUCGUGGAAAAAUUUGAAUACCCUAUGUUGGGCAGUUGGUUCGAUAUCUGGUACAAUGAUCGAAGAGGAUGAGAAACGUUUUCUAGUCCUCGUCAUCAGAGAUUUGCUUGGCUUAUGUGAGCAGAAACGCGGUAAGGACAAUAAAGCAGUAAUUGCGUCAAACAUUAUGUAUGUUGUGGGACAAUAUCCGCGAUUUUUGAGAGCUCAUUGGAAAUUCUUGAAAACGGCAAGUCUUUCCCGAUUUCCAGUUUUAUUUAUUGUUAUCAACAAACUGUUUGAGUUCAUGCAUGAAACCCAUGAAGGAGUUCAGGACAUGGCAUGCGAUACGUUCAUCAAGAUCGCCAUGAAAUGCAAGCGUCAUUUUGUCAUUAUGCAAGUUGGCGAACAAACUCCGUUCAUCGAUGAAAUGCUAAAGAACUUAAGUGGCAUAAUUUGUGAUCUUGCACCUUCUCAGGUUCAUGUUUUCUAUGAAGCGGUUGGGCACAUAAUUUCUUCCGCUAGCGAUGAACCUGAUCAGCAGGCUGACCUGAUAGAAAAGCUGAUGGCGUUACCGAACUCUGUUUGGGACGAAAUAAUCGCGAAUGCUGGCGAGAACAUGGCUGUACUCGAGGACGCGGAGGUGUCAAGAAAUCUCCUGAAUAUACUGAAAACCAAUGUCGCAUGUUGUAAAGCUGCUGGAAAUCCGUUCAUCACACAGCUCAGUCGGUUGUACAUUGAUUUACUUUCCCUUUAUCGUAUCUUAUCAGAAAAAGUCUCGACAGCUGUUGAACAAAAUGGACAAGAAGUGUUAAAGAUGCCAUUGCUCAAGACGAUGCGUGCGGUGAAACGUGAGAUUUUGAUUUUGAUUUCAACCUGGGUAGCCAGUGCGAAAGACAGACAGAUGGUUCUUGAAAACAUUGUUCCUCCUCUUUUUGAUGCUGUGCUGUUUGAUUAUCAGAAGAAUGUUCCAGCAGCUAGAGAACCGAAAGUACUUUCGCUUCUCAGCAUCAUCGUCACGAAACUCGGGUCGAUGUUGGCUUCACAAGUGCCUCAAAUCCUUGCUGCUGUUUUCGAGUGCACUCUGGAAAUGAUAAACAAGGACAUGGAAGCGUUCCCGGAGCAUCGUACUAAUUUCUUCCAACUAAUUCAUGCUUUAACCGUCGAAUGCUUCCAAGUUUUUCUCGCUUUACCGCCAGAACAGCUCAGCUACAUUAUUGAUGCGGUCGUGUGGGCGUUCCAGCACUCGAUGCGUAAUGUGGCUGAGAUCGGUCUGGACAUUUUGAAAGAUAUGUUGGAUCGUGUUGAAUUUUUGCCUCGGGAACAAUCGCAGCCUUUCUACAAGCGCUUCUACAUGCAGAUUCUCCAACAUGUCUUAGCCGUUGUUGCUGACAGCAGCCAAGUUCAUGUUGCUGGUCUCACAUACUACGCAGAGGUGUUGUGUAGACUGUUCAAAGCUUGUGAAUUCUUGAUCACGGUGCCUUUGAAUGAUGAUAAUCCGAAACAAAGCAAUGUCGACUACAUCUACGAAUAUAUCGCCAAUAUAUUCGUGCAGCAUUUCACUAAUCUUACCGAAGGCCAAAUUCGAGUUAUCAUCAAAGGGUUCUUCAGUUUCAAUACAGACCAAGGCGGUAUGCGGAACCACCUUCGCGAUUUUCUUGUGCAAAUUAAGGAAUUCAACGGUGAAGAUACCUCUGAUUUGUUCCUCGAGGAAAGGGAAGCUGAGAUCCAAGCAGUUCAAGCGAAGAAGAACGCCGUACCAGGAAUGCUCGACCCGAAUGCGAUGGCCGACGAGGACGAGAUGCGCUAA